UAUUCAAAUUACCUCCUUAAUUUUUUGACGUCAACAUUUAUUUUCAACAAUAACACCACAUAAUGGCGAAAGAUAAAGAAGAACAAAACGAAGAAAACCCUUCACCUUUAUCAUGUUUCAAGAACAUCUCAUUUCCAUUCAACACAAUUUUCUUGAUCGCAAACUCGAUUUUCCUAGCCACAUCAGCUUUCUGGUUUGUGACCGUCUCAAUGUUACAUUACAAGACGGAUGAAUGUAACCGGUUCGUGACAACUCCCGGAAUCUUCGUGAGCUUCUCAUUGCUAUUCAUGACUCUCGCAGGCUUCUAUGCCGCUUACUACAAAUCCGAUUGUCUCUUCCGAAUCCACUUCUUCAUCUUCUUCUUGUGGAUGUUCGUGGUCGUGGCUAAAGCCGUUUUCGUUUACCGUCUCAAUAACGAGACCGAUCCUAGGCUGUACCCUGGGACGAAGAUACAUGAGUUUAGGUUGGAGGAUUACUCGGGAUGGGUACGUAGAUUGGUCAUCAAAGACGAUGAAUGGUAUCGUACUAGGAGAUGUCUUGUUAAGGGCAAUGUUUGUAACAAACUAUUCUCUAACCAAAACAUGUCGGCUUCUGAGUUUCGUCAGAUGAAUCUAACUCCUAUACAGUCGGGUUGCUGCAAACCACCGCUUUCAUGUGGAUUAACUUACGUGAAACCAAACAUUUGGACAAUGUCAAGAUAUCAUAACAACGUUGAAGAUGAUUGCAAGACAUGGAACAAUACGGCAAACACAUUAUGCUUCGAUUGCGAUUCAUGUAAAGCCGUGACUAUUGCAGAUUUACAUAAUACUUCAUUUUCCUUAACAUUUAAUAUCCUUCAUAUCGUAUUUAGUCUUUCCAUUGGCGUUGUUGGUUGGUUUGCUUGGUUAAGGAUCCUUCGAGAAACUGAGAACUAGCUAGACUUUAAUUCUAACAUAUGUAUAAAUAUAUCUUUCUCUUGUUUUAUUUUUCUUGUACAGUCUCGAUUCUUUACCGAUAUGCUGCAUGUGAAGUCAAUCGACUCUUUUAGUUUUCAUAUUCAGAAUGGUAUAACUAAACCAAACCAAACCGAACCAAAGUAAAAUGAUAUAAACUGAUGAAAAAAUAUUUUGUCAAACAUAUAUAUUUGAAAAAUCCUUUAUUUUGCUAAGAAACCGAAUCUAUUUUUAAAACUUGAUGGUGAAAUCAUUUUUUUUUUCUUCUGAUAAUUAAUAAUAGAGAUACCCAACCCGGUUAAGCUAACGUCAUACAUUUCAAACCGAACCGAAAUUAAAACUGAAAUUGAGAAACCAAUAAUCAAACCAUGGUUAGAGAUUUAAACCGGAGUUCUCAACUCGCUAUAGAUUUCUCCGAUCUUCCCCGACAAAACAAAAUCGUCUCUUCGCCAAAGUUUUCUGGGGUCUUCACUGUUUCGCUUCGAUCUUGAGAGAUCUUUGUCUCCCCGGUUUUUUUUUUUUUGGGGAUUCUAUUUCGAGGGCUUUGCUCUAACAUGUCAGGAAGAAAGGAAACGGUGUUGGAUUUGGCUAAGUUUGUGGAUAAGGGCGUGCAAGUUAAGCUGACUGGUGGUAGACAAGGUAAAGAACAGAGCUUUUUUUAUAUGAUUCUUGCUUUUGAGUUUUGAUGCUUGUGUUUGGCAGUCACUGGAACUCUUAAAGGCUACGAUCAGUUGCUGAACCUUGUUCUAGAUGCUGCGGUGGAGUCUGUUCGAGAUCAUGAUGAUCCAUUGACGACUACUGACCAGACCAGACGCCUUGGUUUAAUUGUUUGUCGUGGAACUGCGGUGAUGCUCGUCUCACCAACUGAUGGAACUGAAGAAAUUGCUAACCCUUUCGUUCAACCAGAGGCUGUCUAAUGAAUAGUUUCUUCCAAAAGAUCUGAGUAGUUCAACUUUGGUGUUUAGUGAGCAUUGUGUAUCUGAGUAUCUGCUAUUAUGUUGAAAACAAUCGUUUUAAUAUACCUAUUUUUGAACAAUAUCAAAA